CGCGGGCCGGGGGCGGGAGGGUCUCGGGACCCAGCAACGCCCCCAGCGGCCUGAGCGCCCGGCGCCCCGCAGCGCCGGCCUUGCGCAGGCGCCCGCCAGCCCUUCAUCCCCGGUUCCUAAGGGACGCGCAGUGCCCUGGACCACUCUUACCUCUCACCCUUGACAGCUCGCUAACUGCGGUUCACCCUUCCAUACCCACCUCUGCUCGUAUCUUUGUUGCCUUCGUCAGUCUGGCCUCCCGCGCACUAUCCGUGUUUUGUGUUUAAUGUCUGUGCACACCAGACCGAACAGAAGGCUUGGCACAGGGUAGUUUGCUCUCAGAGGACAGCAAGAGACUGUUUUCAAUGGCAUCCUUAGUGGCUUACGAUGACUCGGGCUCGGAGGCUGAGCCUGAGCCUGCGGGACGUCUUAGUGCUGCCGACCAGGUGGAAGAUACUUCUGAUGUGGUCACACCUCAUGGGCAGGAUUUUGCAUCAGGAGUCCUGGACAGGACAGAGGUGGGAGCAUUGCCCACGGAGCAUGGUUCUCGUGAAGACCCAGCUGGCCGCCGUCUCCCGCUGGUUCGGCUCUGGGGAAGUGACCCAGGAGCUCGCCCUGCCCGGAGGCUACAGUGGCCCAGGAUGGAGCCUGAGGUCACCGUCCCUACAAGUGAACCAUCUCAUCCUUCUCUCUGGACCAGCCAUGCUCCGGCUGGCCACAUGCCCCUGGCAGCUGCCCGCUUUAAACAGGUGAAACUCUCCUGGGGAGUUUAUGACUCCCCUGAGCCAUCUUUAGGUGCCCAAACCAAAUCUGAGGCCCCGGGGAAAAAUGGCAGCUCUCUUCAGAGGAAAAGGCAUGAGGACUGUGUCAUACCAUACACCCCAAAAAGACUAAGGCAGAUGCAAACAUCAAACCCAGGAACAGGCGAGAGUAAAGAUGUGGAGGCCCAGGGUCCCUCUGUGGGGCGUGCCCCGGCCCCUCUCUGCGUGGCACCCGGAGUGUCUGAGUUUAUUCAGCCAUAUUUGGACAGUCAGUAUAAAGAAACCAUGAUCCCCAAGAGUGUGCUCUUCUGCCUGAGAGGCCACAGGGGCCCCGUGAACAGCGUGCAGUGGUGUCCAGUCUUUUCGAAGAGUCACAUGCUUCUCUCAGUUUCUAUGGACAAAACCUUCAAGGUGUGGAAUGCCGUGGACUCAGGGCGCUGCUUGCAGACCUACUUCCUGCACCACGAGGCCGUGCGGGCCGCCCAGUGGUCGCCCUGCGGCCAGCGCAUCCUCAGCGGCGGCUUCGACUUCGCCCUGCACCUAACAGACCUCGAAACAGGAACCCAGCUAUUCAGUGCUCAAAGUGACUUUAGAAUCACCACCUUGAAGUUUCAUCCAAAAGACCACAGUCUUUUUGUGUGUGGAGGCUUCAGCUCUGAAAUCAAAGCUUGGGAUAUCAGGACUGGCAAGGUAGUGCGGAGCUACAAGGCGACCAUCCAGCAGACCCUGGACAUCCUCUUCCUCCAGGAAGGCUCCGAGUUUCUGAGCAGCACAGAUGCUUCGAGUCGGGACUCUGCCGAUCGCACCAUUAUUGCCUGGGACUUCCGGAGCUCCGCCAAAAUCUCCAACCAGAUUUUCCAUGAGAGAUACACCUGCCCCAGCCUCACUUUGCACCCCCGGGAGCCUGUGUUCCUGGCGCAGACCAAUGGCAACUACCUGGCCCUCUUCUCUGCUGUGUGGCCCUACCGGAUGAGCAGAAGGCGGCGCUACGAAGGGCACAAGGUGGAAGGCUACUCAGUGGGCUGCGAGUGUUCCCCGGAUGGUGACCUGCUGGUGACGGGCAGUGCCGACGGCCGGGUCCUGCUCUACAGCUUCCGCACUGCCAGCCGGGCACGCACCCUGCCAGGCCAUGCACAGGCCUGUGUUGGCACCACCUUCCACCCUGUGCUGCCCUCCGUCCUUGCCACCUGCUCCUGGGAGGGCGACAUUAAGAUCUGGCACUGAGCCUGCCAGCGUGGAGCCUCCCAGACACCAGCCGGGCCCCGGACUCCCCCCGUCCUUGGCCGUGGCUGGGUGUAAGCAUCGAGCUUGCUUUCAUGGCCAGACCUGGGUGGAAGCCGCCUCCUCCGCCAACUGACGCUGUUUCCUCAUCUGUAAAAUGGGGACAAAGGUCCACUUGACUCAGGGUUGUGAAGACUGCAUCAGCGAAAGCACCUGGCUGUUGCCAGGGAUGUCAGUAAAUGUGUUGGCUAUUUCUUAGGUUAUUUCACUGACAAAUGUGUAUUGGCAGCUUCCUAUCGCCUGCCCACUCUGGCCCAUCGGGGCUCUGAGACAGGGAACAGUGGGAGCCUGAGAUGGGGGCAGCCCUCUCUGCUGGGCCUGAUUGGGGGCCCACUAGGGGGCUCUGGGGGCCCCAGGUCUUGGGUCUGCCUCCAGAACUCCACACUGGAGCACAGCAGGCCCCGCAGCCUUCACAGGGCUCAGGCCUUCCCCCCUCCCUAUGCAGAGUGGCCAGC